CCGAGCGAGAGACGAAACGCAGGGGAGAGAGAAGUUGCAGGGAGAGAAGACGUGGGAGGAGGGAGGGUGGGAGGGUUACGUGGUGUUCUGACACACAAGAGAUCGAGUCGUUGGUUUGGGUGGGAGAGAAAUGGGGGAGCUUUUGGCAGCGCGCCAUAGCAAUCGUCUGUGCAGUCAUGUCUCGUUUGCUCUCACCGCUCUACUCUAUUUAUGCUCGUCGUGUACAACUCUUCUUCUCUUUUGUCCUUCUUCGCGUCUGACUAUGGCCAUCCCCGUGCCGCUUCGCGGUGGGAAAGAUAGCAACGUGGAACGGGGCCACGUGCUGCAGAAGGAUGGCGACUCGACAGCUGUUCUCGGCCAACGGAUUCUGAUGGCACGGGGAGGUGAUAGCUCCUCCCGGAGCGGCAGCUUGCGCAGCCUACCGGUAGUACGGCUUCGCCCGCGACGCCGAUUGCUUGGCCAAGCGCUGGAAAGCGGACCGGCGGAGAAUUGCCGUGCGAAUUUUUCGUCCAUCGAUUUCGGCGAUCUCCACGGCUCGUGCAACCAGAAGCACAUGACGAGGGAAGGCUGCUGCCUCCCCCUGCUACGAAUCAUUGGUCCUCGACUUCUUCUGCAGCUGCGGUUCAUGUCGACGGCUUGCCUGGAAGGUCUCUUCGCCGCCAUGACCGAUCAGGGUAUCGAUCCCAACGACCUGCUCGACUUCUGCUUGCCUAAUUUGUCCCCCCGAGUGAAGCUGGGGACCGAUUACGUGACGCAAGCGCAGCAGAGUGGAGGCUCCGUCGAUCAGCUGUUAAGUGGCGUGGUGGCGACGGCAGCGGAAGUGUAUGGACACUACGCAGCCGCGCCGGGAUCGGAGCCAGUUGCAGCCUACGAUUCAUCACCCUCGGAUUAUUACGACGAUUUUGGUGCUGGCUAUGAUUACGGAGACGGCCUCGCAGCAGGCAGCAGCUAUUACCCGGACGCUCCCUGGUCUGGGGCUGACGACGGGGAUUAUUAGUCGGAAACGGAAAAUUUGACUACUUACCCCGAUCGUCUCUGCUUUGCCGGCCAUUUAACGUCCACGUUCACUCGAAUGCAUGUAUCGGCAAUGUAUGUACGGGAGCAUCCUUGUUCUUUUCCAAAUUUCUCCAAUCAGUCUUAUAAGACCCAUCCAGUGAGCAGUUGGAUGGUCGCUUCGGAAGACCGGAUCGUCUUCGUUCUUUUGGCUCGAAGGCUGGAGCUCUGUGUAUGUGUGUGUGUGUGUGUGUGUGUGUGUGUGUGUGUGUGUGUGUGUGUGUUUGUUAUACAUAGCCCUUGAAAAGCAUGACUGUGCCAGACUGAUUCGUUGCACUUUCAGCGACUCGUCAGGAGGUUGUGUUGGCGGCGGCGGGAAGAGAGGAGGGGAGGGGGGGAUCUACCGUCUUCCCCCAAACACAACGCAGCCUCGUUGUGGCUGUACCCGACCGGAGGAUCGCAUGCAUCCAUUCAUUAUCAGGGUGUGUUAUGUUCGGUGGGAGACGGUAGUGCUUGUAGAUCGAUUUGCUCGGUGGCCCUCUUUGCAGUGCAGUUGAACCUUUGGCCGUGUCUCCGAUGGCUCAGGAGGAUUCACUCGGAUGUGUGGAGGGAGCCCUAGUCUCGGCGCCUCUCCUCGCUCUCUCUCUCUCUCAUAGGAGGACUGAUUAGUUCUAUUUGUUCUGUUCGCUGCACAUGCUUGCUUGUGACGGUGUGGACGUCACCCAAGCGGCUCUAUGGACAGCUAGGAGAUCUCCUGAUUGACGUGUGUCCUCCUUUGAGGUUGAGGCUUCGGAUCCGAAUCUAUAUCUAGCGCCGGUUGUUUGAUUGUUUCGUUAGUUGGGAGCGUAGUCUCUGGAGGACAAUCGUACCCUACCUUUGCGCUAUUCUUUGCCCCUUUUCCGUAGUCGAGGGAUCGAAUCUCUCUUUCCAUAUCCAGCGCCGGUUGUUUGAUUGUUUCGUUUGUUGGGAGCUUAGUCUCUGGAGGACAGACUUACCCUCUCUCAGCGCCGGUUGUUUGAUUAUCUCGUUUGUUGGGAGCGUAGUCUCCGGAUGACAAUGUGCCCUACCUUUGCGCUAUUCUUUGCCCCUUUUCCGAGGUUGAGGUUUUUAGUCUCUAUGUCCGAAUCUAGCGCAGGUUGUUUGAUUGUUGUCUCGAUUGUUGAGCGUAUAGUCUCUGGAGGAUGGUCAUACCCCCCUACCUCAUAGGCGCUAUUCUUUGUCCGCCCUUUUAUCAAUCAGUUCCAGCAAGCAGAGGCGAUGCCCCUCGCGAUCAGCAUUUCAGUUUCGUCUGCAGCAGUCUUUGGGCGGAUUCGACUUGAAGAGUGAGCAAGCGACGAUCUCUUUUCGCGCCGCCAUUGCAGCCUUCCUUCUUGCCGUCCUUGCGCAGGCAGCAGUUCUUUUUCGUUUGCAGCAUUUCGUUUUCGUCUGCAGCAUUUCUUUUUCUUUUGCAGCAUUUCGGUUUCGUCUGCAGCAUUUCUUUUUCUUUUGCUUUCUUCUGCUGCAAUACUGUCUGCCACAUUUCCUCGCUGUUGUAUCUCUUGAAAAGUUCUUUGUUUGUUUUUCCUCUUUCUUCUGUUUCUGCGUCCGUUGGUGCACACGAAUUGUUUUUUGGUCUUUUUCUCGUUCGCGGGCAUGUAAAACCUCCUUUUGACUGUUCUGCCUCUUUUCUUCAAUGUCGAACUGGCAUCUCGUACUCUCUUGAUUUUCUCUCACGUGUGUACAUACUCUUUCUCUCUGUCCUCCUUCCUUGUCUGACCAGACAUAUUUUCUUCUUUACGGUUUUACCGUGACCUCGUCUUUCGCUUUUGUGAAUUCCUCUCGCGCAAAGCUGUCCGCUCUCUCUCUCUCUCUCUCCCCGCUGAUUUUCUCCUUCAAAAAGUUGUUCAUAUCUCCUUUUUUUCUUCUCCUCCUUUUCGUGCGCACGCAUUGUUUUUUUGUUCUUUUCUCAGUCUCAUGCCGCAUUUCAUUGCUCUUUUCUUCUUUUUCUCAGUCGCAUGCAUUUCUUUCUUGUCCCUCCCUUUUCUUCAAUGCCGAACUGGCCUCUCGUACUCUCUCGAUUUCCUCUCACGUGUGUAAAUGCUCUGCUCUCUCUUCUUCCUCCUCUUUGUCGACCAUUACCUUUAAGCUAAGUCUGUUAGGACUGGCUACAUAUAUACAUAUAGGCUGUGUAUUGAAGAACUUACGAAGCUUGUGCGAAACGCAGUUGGAUCCUGUUUUCACGUUUCUCUCCGUUCUGUUCGUAUGUUUUUUGACCUCGUCCUCCGUUCUGUUUUUUUUUCCGUUUUCUUUGACGUCGUCAUUCUCCGCCUUUCGCUUUACUUUUCCUCGUCUUUCGUUUCUUCUCUUCUUGGGAUUGUGCACGGUCUGCGCAGUUUAAAAUGUCCGUGCAGGUGUUGUAAUGUGUGUUUUGUACGCGUAGACGCGUAGGGAUCGACGACCUAAAUGAGCCACAGGAGCGAGCGCAUGCAGAUCUAUGUCUUUGUUCGAAGUUGCGCGAGAGUGGAUAGCGAGGACGUAAAAAAUUGACGCACCGGUAAAAUGCGUUCCAUUUGUUGUUGACGUCUUUCCACGCACUGUUGCCCCGUGUUGUUCGUCAUUUAUUUUUGUUUACUUGUUGUUCGUGCUUGUCCUCCCGCGGGCAGGUCGCCAUUUCGUUGAAUGUUUGAGAGAUGUACAGUCUAAUUAUUGUUGUCGGUCCUCGGUCUUCCGUCCUUUCAUUUUUUUUAAUUUUUUUUUAAAUAUAAAAAAAAUUGGACGAUUUCUCGAUUUAUGCG